UGUAAGAAAGAAAGAAAAUGGCAGCAAAAUCACCAGUUUUACACUGUACAUGGGAAUUUGGAUCCAAUUUCAGUAGUGGGCUACCUAUAAAGGGUCUUAAUUUUCAGUUAAAAAGUAGAAGAAUCAAAGCUGGAAAUGGUGUUUGUUUGGUUGUAUCUGCUACUGGUAAAAAUUCUGAACAGAGCAAUGAGUCUGGUGUUGUUAAUGGGAGCAGAUUCUACCUCAAUUUCACUGGAUUUCCUUUCCCUCUUGGCCCUUUCCUCAAUAGACAAACCAUUAGAACUGAGGCUGUGAAAGACACCAUAUGGUUAUUUGAGCAAGAGCAAGCACUCGGAUUCAGCAGUGUUUCAACAAACAUCAGAAUGACCGUCAUCAAACUUAAAUCUGGUGAAUUGUGGGUUCAUGCUCCAAUUGCUCCAACCAAAGAGUGUAUUCAGCUCGUGAAAGAGUUAGGAUAUCCUGUGAAAUAUAUUGUCCUACCUACAUUUGCAUAUGAGCACAAAAUAUUUGUUGGCCCAUUUUCGAGAAAGUUCCCAAAGGCUCAAGUAUGGGUGGCACCAAGGCAAUGGAGUUGGCCUUUAAACCUGCCUCUUGAGUUUUUCGGGAUUUUCCGUGCAAAAAUACUGAAAGAUGCAGAUAUGUCAACACCAUGGGCUGAUGAUAUUGAGCAAAAGGUUUUGAGCUCUCCCGAAGUUGGAAUUGGACCAUAUGUUGAGGUGGCAUUCUAUCAUAAGAAGUCGAGGACGCUGCUGGUGACAGAUGCUGUAAUAUUUGUCCCAAGUACACCACCUGAGUGCAUUAGUAAGGAGUCCUUAUUAGCAUCUGCAAAAAAUGGUUUGGCUGUUAAAUUACUUAGUAAAGGAAAAGAAGUUCCAGAAGAAGCUGUCGUUGACAACAAAAUCAAUCGACAGAAAGGAUGGGAGAGGAUGGUUCUUCAGAUUCUGUUUCUAGGUCCAUCAAACCUUUUGGAGCCAAAUGCUAGCUUUGCUCAGAUGUCACAAAAGCUAAUUGUUUCACCAAUUGUAAAAACAUUGGUUUUUAGCAAAGUUCCUGAAAAGGUUAGAGACUGGAUUGACAGUAUUGUUCGAGAUUGGAAAUUCAAGAGAAUUAUCCCUGCUCAUUUUGCUGCUCCAAUAAACACAAGCAGCUCGGAUUUGUUAGCAGCCUUUGGGUUUCUUGACGAUCUCUUGGGUGAGCGCUAUGUGACUCGGCCUUCUCUCUCGCUUCUCUUCACUUCACUCUUAGGAAAGGCUGCUAGCUAUUUUCCUCCAGAUGACAUGAGGACCCUAUCAUCCCUGGAUCAGUUCUUAGUGUCUGUUGGAGCAGUGAAGAAAACUGUCUCAGGUCGCAAAAGAUGACAGAUUUACACAUGUAUACUUAUUACUAGUAAUGGAAAUUAAAUCCUUUAGCAAGAAGAAAGCAAAGGAUUCUAAACUCACAGAAAUUGUAAAAAUAGCUUAAUAGUAAUCAAAAGAGCGUGGCUUGA